AUGGUUUCAUUUGAUUCAUUUGAACAAUGUGUAAUCAAAUUGCAACAAUUGACACAUUUUAAAGUUGUUGCAAGAGUGAAAGAUAUGAGCGAUUUAAUGAAUGGUACUCGAUGGGAACAACUCAUGCUUAGAACUCGCAUUUCCAAAUUCAAUUUUAGAUUCAAAUAUAAUUCUUCAAAGAGUGUUAUUCGUAAUCAAGAUAACAACUCGUUACUUGAUUCAUUUCGUUCACCUUUUUGGCUUGAGCAGAAGCGUUGGUUUGUUGCAUGUCACAAAGAAACACUUGAUUCGGCUUUAAAUGUUUAUUCGGUGCCUGAAUUUCGACCACAUCACGUUUUUUUCUAUCAUAACAACAGCUAUCCACCCUUAGCAACGGCACCACCCAGAAUCGAGCAACAAUCUUUCUAUAAUAGCAACAUCGAUCUCGUGGUGAAAUUUUCCGAAUCAAUAACGCCACCGCUUUAUCAUUUUAGUCAGGUGGACUCGUUGCGUCUUUUAGGUUCUACGUUGCCAUCGGUUAGUAUUCUUAUGUCGUAUGUUGAUCUUCAUCGAAUAAAAAAACUUGAUGUUUCCAAUAUUAGUACGAUUUUGGUGGGCGAACUGCAUUCAUUAUUCGAUCAUACACCUCAAUUAUAUCAUUUCACUUUAAAAAUUUUGAAUCCACUGUUUGUUUUACCUCGACAACUUCGUUCUUGCAAAUUGGAGAAUAAUGGUCAAUCAAUUGAUGUUGACCAAUUCUGUUCUAUAUGUUCGUCCAUUGAACAUCUAGAUAUUACCGUCGAGUCAAAAGAGAUUAUGAUUGCAUUGAUCGAUCGACUUGAACAUCUCGAGAGCAUCGUAUUUCGGCUUGGCAAUGUAGCUAAGGCUUAG